UGAUAAAUACAAUGCACCGCUCAUGUAUGUCCGCAUCCAGGUUGGGCAAGCGUCCUGCAGUGCUUAGCAGGAUAGCGGUGCGACUUGCAACUUCAUGAGCCAGUCCUUUAUGCAAGGAGCUAGCCUUGGCGCACAAGUUCGGAGAAAGGCAAGCCCAACGGCGAUCAAGUUCGCGGAUGGAAAGACGCAGCAACUACUCGACCGUUACAUCGAGGCUGUACCGGUCUACUUCGCACCUCAUGCAUGCGAACCGGUGACGUUUGAUAUUCUCGACACGGGCUUCGACAUCAUUCUGGGAAUGCCUUGGCUCGCAAGUGCGGAUCACACGGUCAACUUCCAUCGGCGGACUCUUAGCGUUCGCGACGCUUUCGACGCGGACCCCGAGGAGAUCGGCAUAUGUUUCCUACGGACCGUCGCGGUAGCCGACUCUUCACCCACGGACUUGUCUUCGGAGCCCCGUGUGGUACGGUUGCUGGACGAGUUCGCCGACAUCUUCGAGUCACCUACCGGUGUGGUGCCGGGUCGGCCAAUCUCUCACGAGAUCAUUCUUGAGGCCGGUGCCGUGCCGCCGAAAGGUUGCGUCUAUCGGAUGAGCGAGGAGGAGCUUGAGGUACUCCGCGCACAACUCGAUGAUUUGUUGCCCAAGGGCUGGAUCCGCCCGAGUAGCUCCCCAUAUGGAGCACCAAUUCUCUUCRUCAGGAAGAAGAACAAGGAUCUACGAUUGUGCAUCGACUACCGCAAGCUCAACGCGCAAACCGUCAAGAAUGUGGGGCCUCUUCCUCGCAUCGACGAUCUUCUCGAGCGGUUGGGCGGUGCGAAGUAUUUUUUCAAGUUGGAUUUGAAAUCAGGAUACCAUCAAAUCUCGAUUAAGCCAAAUGAUCGCUACAAAACCGCAUUCAAGACGCGGUACGGGCAUUUUGAGUGGGUGGUCAUGCCUUUUGGCCUCACCAACGCCCCGGCGACAUUCCAAGCGGCGAUGACCAAUGAGUUCYGUGCAAUGUUGGACYGGUUCGUGCUGGUCUACUUAGACRAUAUUCUCGUCUAYAGUCSGACAUUGGAGGAUCAUCUUGGACAUCUUCRACGAGUGUUGGAGAYGCUCCGCCRUGCCAAGUACAAGGCCAACGGCGACAAGUGCGAAUUUGUCCGGCAAGAGYUGGAAUACUUGGKCCAUUUUGUCACACCGGAGGGCAUCUGUCCGCUAUCGGACAAGAUUCAGGCCGUCCAAGAGUGGCCGGAGCCUCGGAAYGUCACGGAUGUCYGCUCGUUCCUCGRUCUUACCGGCUAMUAYCAGCGCUUCAUCAAAGKCUACUCCAAGAUCGYGGCCCACUUGAACAAGCUUCAGUGCGAGGAUCGRCCGUUUGACUUUGGAGAGGAAGCGCGGGUAUCAUUCCUCGCUCUCAAAGCCGCGCUAUUGUCUGCGGAGGUCUUGCGGAUAUAYGACCYGCUCGCGCCURCACGUGUCACUACGGAUGYGUCAGGCUAUGGCAUUGGUGCAGUCCUCGAGCAACAURAUGGUGUGGRCUGGCACCCGGUCGAGUACUUCAGCAAGAAAGUGCCACUCGUGCAUUCCAUUGACGAUGCACGCAAGAAGGAGCUCCUCGCCUUCSUCCACWCGCUCAAGCGGUGRCGGCAGUUCCUCCUUGGUCGAAGCCAAUUUCGCUGGGUAACGGACAACAAUCCGUUGGUCUUCUACAAGACCCRAGACACCGUCAACAGCACCAUCGCUCGAUGGAUGGCUUUCAUCGACCAGUUCGACUUCUUCCCCGAUCACAUUCCCGGGAAGUCGAAACGUUUUGCGGAUGCUCUUUCACGGCGUCCGGAUCACUGUACCGUGGUCUACUCGACUUUCGAGAUUGACGAUGACCUGCGGAACAGCUUCAUCCGCGGUUAUCAAGCCGACCCCGAGUUUUGCGACAACUCCAAGACCGCCUUCAGCGGGUGGAGCAGUGACCAGUCACCGCCGCCGACGCAUGCUCUUCCAAUACUGCCGACCGCCUCACCGCAUUGGAGAUGCACGUCGGCUCCCUCCCUCCAGGAUGGCGCACAGUUGCAGCAGACCGCGACGCAACAAUUGCAGCAGCGGAUCUGCACUACCGCCACUACCUCGAGUCCGGAGCCGCGCGAGACAGCUCCCAAGUUCGAUGGGCAGGAGAUCUUCCACGACUCAAUCAAGACAGAUCCAAUUCCAUGGUUUCGCAAGUUCGAGCUCACACUGCAGCUCCACAACGUCGAGGAAAACAAGCACCAUGCUUGCUUGUACUCUCACUCAGGGGGCGCGUGUCAGGCGUGGUUGGACAACUUGUUGUCCAAGUACGGAGUGGUAGCAGCGAACUUGCACACCAUGAUCAGCUGGGAUGAUCUGAAGGCGGCGUGGCACAAGCGGUUCCAGGUGGAGCCGCCAGAGAUCAAAGCCAUGGACAAGCUCAUGGUCUUCGAGCAAGGCACGUUGCCGAGUACGGACUGGAUCGUCGAGUACCAACUCUUGACGUCAGUCCCAGACAUCCAGAUGGGCUUCAAGGCCAUCCGCCACUACUUCAUCUCAAGGUCAUGUCCGACAUUGAGCAAUGCCCUGACACAUGUCAAGGACACCUUGACGACGACGGCGGAAUUAUUCGACAAGGCUGCGCAGAUCAUCGUUACGAACAAGGAGGCCAAGAACCUCCGUUCUUCUGCGUCAGGCCCGAGCGGGAACCAGCAUAGGCCACGAGUGGCCGUGGUCGCAGCGGCAGCGCCGUUAGACCAAACCAGCGAGGUUGUGUCUGCCAGUGAAGGAGACAGAUUCGCAGCCGCCCGGGAAGGUGGCCGCGCUGACAGAGGCCGAGGGCGCGGCAAGCCGAAGACACACACCGUUUCUAGCCCCGGGCCCGGUGCAGCAGCUCAGACAGGCCCAUGGACCCCGUAUGGCCUCUCCAAGUCCGCCUACAAGGCGCGCGAGAGAUUCCAUUAUUGCCUAUGGUGCAACAACGAUCUUCAUCUCACGCCGGUUUGCCCACUGAAGGGCAAGGGUCGACAGGGAAACUGAGCACCGCUGAGAGUGAUGCGACGACACUCUCGAUGCCUUCGGAACUAGUUUCUUCGCGAGUGACCAGCCUUCAUUCCGAGGCGCACGCGGAAGUCGACAGUCCUCCGCUUCUAUUUUCUUUUGAGAACUAUGCUGCCCGGCUC